CGUGCCACAGUGAAGAAGUCUCUACAGAUAAUACCCAAACACUAGUUAUACAAUAGUUCCCCAUUUUUAAGAGAUUAAAAGCUAAUGAAGAGAAUUGCGAAUACCCUUAGAACUAUGUCAACAAACAAGACAUAUAAAGUGCUGAUAGCACACACUGAUGUUCCCGAGGAGGGGCUGAAACUCCUUAGAGAGAAGUGCGAAGUCAUUCGAAUUGUGAACGAUUACCCCAAAAAUAGGGCUGAGAUAUUGGAGAAGAUCAAGGGAGUUCAUGCUGCCAUUUGGGGUGGUCGGGAUCUGCUGAAUGCCGAGGUUCUAGAUGCCGCAGGUCCUCAGUUCAAGGUGGUGUCCACCAUGUCCUCGGGCAUCAACAAUGUGGAUGUGCCGGAGUUGAAAAAGCGAGGAAUACCCCUGGGAAGCACUCCUGCCAUGUUGGUAGUGGCGGUUGCUGACUUGGCUGUGGGCUUGCUGAUCGCUGCAGCCCGAAGAUUCCAGGAAGGUAGAAGAAAGAUCGACAGCAAUAACUGGGAAACCCAUCACCGUAAUUGGAUGCUUGGCCAGGACAUUCAGGAUUCCACAGUGGGCUUCUAUGGUUUCGGUGGAAUCGGUCAGGCCAUUGCCAAGCGUCUUUCCGGUUUCGAGAUUGGACGUGUCCUUUACACCACCAGGAGCAGAGUCAGCGAGGAUAUUGAGAAAAAGUUCAAUGCCACAAAAGUGGACUUUGAUACCCUCCUGGCGGAAAGUGACUUUGUGGUUAUAGCCUCCCCGCUAACUCCAGAAACUGAAGGACUCUUCAAUGCCACAGCCUUUAAUAAAAUGAAGACAACGUCUGUUCUGGUUAACAUUGGCAGGGGCAAAAUUGUCAACCAGGACGACCUCUAUGAGGCCUUGAAAUCUAAUCGCAUUUUCGCCGCUGGCUUGGAUGUCAUGGUCCCAGAGCCUUUGCGUUGCAAUGACAAGUUGCUGGCUUUGGAUAAUGUUGUCGUCACUCCUCAUGUGGGCUAUGCCACAAAAAGAACCCGAGUUGAUGCCGCCAGUUUGGCAGCCCAAAAUAUUUUAAAAGGAUUGGCCGGAGAACCCAUGCCCUCACCUGCUUAUUAAAUAGAUUUUUUAAUAAAAAAGAGCAUAAAUUAAAUUUCCUACAA